AUGAAUAGUAUUAAGGAGCAGAAUGACUUAAUAAACGGAUCCCAGCUGAGUAUACUUAAUGGGCUUAUCGCCGCAUUUGACAUGGCGAUCAAAUCCGCUUUUCCUGAUCUUUCUGGUCACAAAGUUGUUGUAAUCCCAUCAAUCAUGAAUAAUUUUGGGGAUUAUCAGUGCAAUAAUGCUCUUUCUUUGUCGAAAAAGUUAUUAAAAGAGAAACUGUCUCCUUGCGAUCCAAAGUCUGUUGCAGAGAAAAUCGUAAAAGAGUUGAAACAGACUGAUUUUAUCUCUAAAAUAGAGAUUGCUGAUCCUGGAUUUAUCAAUAUUUGGAUAUCUAAGGAAUUUAUCAUCGAAGAACUCUCAAAGGUG